ACCAUCUGGAUAACUGCCUCAAGCUUUUACGUGGUUCCCACUGGGUGGGCUCAGGUGGGAGGGGCUGUUGUGCAUGGUCCAGAAAAGCUGGAGAAGGCUGUUCCUUCGCCCCAAGCCUUGGAUUUCUUAUCUGUGAAAUGGGAGGCUGCAAUGAUGAAUGGCAAAGUACCUUUUCUUUCCAGCUCUGAAAGUCUAGGGUAUUUCGCCAUUAGAAGACCAGCAGACAAUGGCAUGACAACUCAAGAGGAUACAACAGAGUUGCUUCAAAAGACAAGUAUCUGGACCAUGCCAAGACCUGGAGUGAAGAAGAUAAUAAACUCCUACUCCAUAGCAGGUCGUGGGCCAGCAGUUUGCUACUACACUGUCUCUUGGUUAAGGCAAGGUUUCAGCAUCACCCUGACUUCUUUGGGAAGGAUCCCUUGGCCUUAGGCUGGGGUGGGCACCUGCCCUAGCCUACAGAGCUGAGUUUCUCCCUUUCCUCAACCACACAGGGAGCACCACUAUGCAAAGACCUCAUCAUGUUCACAGCUGUCUCCCCAGAGCCUCAAACUGUGCUUGGCAUACAGCAAGUGCUCAAUAAAUAUCUGCCAAAUGAUUGGAUGCAUCUCGCCAGCCUCAGGAUGCCACCAGGCCCCAAGGGAGCCACGGAGAUCAAAGGAAAGCUUUUGGAUUUCUGCCACGCCUUACAUUAACAGCAUCUUCUCCGAGUCCUGA